CCUACCUGGAUUGGAUCUCACUAAUUAGAUAACACUAGCUUUGAACUCACAGAGAUUUGCCUCCUCCCUGAUGGGAUUAAAGGCUGUGUCACCACGCCCUGCUCUAUCCACCAUUUAAGCACAGCCCAGCAGAGGGACUUCCACAGUGCUCUUCUCCGUCCAACAUACAAGGCUGGCAAAUCAACCUCUUCUAACCUCCCACCUCCCAGUUCCUCAAACUCAAGCAAGGCCAGCUCCUCUCCACUUCUCUUCCCUGAGGUCCUGUUCAGCUUGCAGCCCUGGUCCAGCCAACUCCAGUGUGUUAACUCUGGGCCUAUCCUGAGGCUGGACCCAUAGGUGGAGAGAAGUGGGAAAGGCCCUGCCCUGUCACUCUGUCCUUACACUCUGAAGCUCAGUGGACCCCUUGACAGGAUGCUGGACACCUGGGUCUGGGGCACACUCACCUUGACCUUUGGCCUGUUUUCCAGUCUCCAAGGAGUAAGCUUCAAUGAGACUGUAAACACAUGUGACAUCUUAAACUGCAUCAAAGGAUUCACAUGCUGUGAGGAUGACUGCUGCCCAGAAAGAAAGUUCUGGCUCCCUGCAAAUAACCCCUUCAUGAUCGUGUUCAUCAAUGUAUGCAUCAUUCUACCCCUUUUGUGCGUCUGUGCCCUAGUGAAGCACUUCUGUCCCAAGUGCAGAGAACUGCAGCAUGAAUUCAGGACAGUGGAUCAUCAGACUCCUCCAGAACAGCCUUCCAUUGUUCCCCUAGAGAGCAUUAGGGUCACCUCUUUGGAUCCACCACCACCCUACAGUCAGGUUGUUCAGAUGCCAACUCCCACAGAACCACCUCCUCCCUACAGCCUCAGGCCUGAGGGCCCUGCUGGCCAGAUGAGAGGGCGUGCCUACGCAACCCUUUGAGCUUCCACACACACAAACCUCUUGGAUCAAGCCCAGGACCCUGGAAUGACUGCCUAUCCCAUCAUGUCUCUUGUCCUUUGAUUUAAUUUAUUCUGCUGCCUCCUCCCCUUUUGUCAUGAGAGCUAAGCUGGAUCCAUAAUCUCUGUCCACACUAAAGGCUGUUGACAUUUUUAAGAACUGGGGUUGGCUGUCGUGGAUGUAGAGAGAUAAUUGCUAGUGGGCUGCCAAUCUUGUCUGGACAGCUUGCUCUGCCAUCCUACAGCAGCACUUCUGUGCCUGGAAGAGUUUGAAGACUGAACUGCACAGACUCUAAGCCAUCUUCCAGUCAUACUGGACAGAGAGGACCUCACUGUUCCUCACAGCAAUGCAGAAAACACGGGGACUAAGUUUCCACAGCUGGCUGCUAAGUGGGGAUGAGACAAGGUCAGAGGCUGAGGAAACCCUUCCAUCUUCUUCCAGUGGUGACUGACUACACUGACCACCUGCUGGGAGGAUGGAGCAUCCAAGAUGUGAAUGAAUGCAUAGACCUUCACCUUCCUGGGGCGUGGGGGGCACUUAAUAAAUGAACUGAAAAGCU